AUGAAUUAUCCAUUCCCUGCUCCACAUCAGUGGUACCAACCGGGUGACCUCAUCAUUGGUGGGAUUGCUUCUCAGAUCUUUUAUGUCUUCUAUGAAGUUUCCUUCAAGGAGCACCCUUCACAGAAUAUGUUUGAUGUUCCAUAUGUAGUAACAAAAUUCUACCAGCACAUUCUUGCCUUGGCAUUUGCUGUGAAAGAGAUAAAUGAGAACCCCAAGUUUUGUCCUAAUAUCACUCUCGGCUUCCACAUCUAUGAUAGCUACUAUGAUGCCAGAAUGACCUAUCGUACCACUCUUGACCUGCUCUUCAAAUCACAUAGAUUUGUUCCCAACUACAAAUGUGACACCCAGAAAAAUCUCAUAGCCAUCAUUGGGGGACUUAGCGCUGACACCUCCUUCCAUAUGGCUGACACAAUCAGCCUCUACAAGAUUCCACAGCUCACAUAUGGGUCAUUUCCCCCAGACAAAAAUUAUGGAAGUCAAGUACCAUUUUACCGCAUGGUGCCCAAUGAAGCCCAUCAGCAUAUGGGGAUUAUCAGUUUGCUUAAGCAUUUCGGAUGGACCUGGGUUGGGCUCUUCACUUUCAAUGAUAAUAGUGGAGAACAUUUCUUGGAGACCCUGGAGCCAUCACUUUCUCAUAAUGGAAUCUGUUUAACCUUCACGCAAAGAAUCCCACAAAUACCCCGUUUUGAUAACUUGGAUGGAUUUCAGGAUAUAGUCUUGAAUAUUUAUGUUCAUUUAACAGAUGACAAAGCCCAUGUAUUUAUGAUGUAUGGAGAAUCUCUGAUAAUUAUAUGGCUCAGAAGUAUUCUAUUUCUAAGCGAUCCUGAAAAUAGGGAAGCAUCAUCAUUUAAAAAGGUGUGGAUUGUAACAUCUCAGAUUGAUUUCAUAUUAACAGGAUUUCAAAGGAGUUGGGGCCUUCAGAUCUUCCAAGGUGCUAUUUCCUUCACAAUUCAUUCACAAAAUCUCCUGAAGUUCCAAGAAUUUCUUCAGGGAAUAAAACUUUACUGGACACAGGUAGAUGGGUUUUUCAAGGACUUCUGGGAGCAAGCAUUUGAUUGUACAUUUCCAAAUCCCAGUGUACCAAUAGAGCUCAUUGACCUGUGUACUGGGGAGGAGAGCUUGCAGAGUCUUCCAGGGUCUCUAUUUGAAAUGAGCAUGACUGGCCACAGCUACAGUAUCUACAAGGCUGUUUACGUUGUGGCUCAUAUUUUGCAAGGGAUAUACUUGACUGGUUUCAAGAAAAGAGCCAUAGGAAACAGUGGAAUAUUAAAAAUUCAAGAUCUGCAGCCUUGGCAGCUGCACCAUCUUUUCCAUGACAUUUCAUUUAACAACUCAGCUGGAGAAACAGUAACAUUUACUGAUAAGAGAGAAAUGCGAGGUGGAUUUGACAUAAUGAACAUGGUCACAUUCCCAAAUAAGUCUUUCAUUCAAUUGAAAAUAGGAUCGGUGAAUCCCUAUGCUCUUGAUGGAAAAGAAUUCAUCAUUCAUGAGGACAAGAUUAUGUGGCCCAGAGGUUUUAAACAGGUGGUGCCAGUUUCUGUGUGCAAUGACUACUGUCACCCUGGUAAUCGGAAGAAAAGGAAGGAAGGGCAGAAAUUUUGCUGCUAUGAUUGUGUUCCAUGUCCAGAAGGGAAGAUUUCAAACCAGAAUGAUUUGGACAACUGCUUCAGAUGCCCAGAAGAUCAGUAUGCAAACAAGAACAAAAAUGGAUGCAUUCCCAAGUUAAUAACCUUUCUUUCCUAUAAGGAACCUUUAGGGAUCGGCUUAACAUCAGUUGCUGUUCUUUUUGCCCUAAUUACAAUUUUGGUGCUGGGAACUUUUAUUAAACACAAAGACACUCCCAUUGUCAAAGCCAACAACAGGGAUCUCACCUAUGCUCUCCUCAUUGCCCUCCUAUUCUGCUUCCUCUCAUCCUUUCUAUUCAUUGGACACCCUGGCAAAAUGACCUGCCUUCUUCGACAACCCACUUUUGGCAUCAUCUUCUCCGCGGCUGUUUCUUGUGUGUUGGCCAAAACCAUCACUGUAGUUGCAGCUUUCAUGGCCACCAAGCCAGGGUCCACUAUGAGGAAGUGGGUGGGAAAAAGACUGAGCAACUCCAUUGUCCUUUCCGGCUCACUCAUUCAUGUGAGUAUUUGUACUGGGUGGUUGAUGACCUCUCCCCCAUUCCCUGAUCUAGACAUGAACUCAGUAACAGAGGAAACCAUUUUGCAGUGCAAUGAAGGCUCAGUGACCAUGUUUUAUUGUGUCCUGGGCUACAUGGGCCUCCUGGCCAUUGCCAGCUUCAUUGUGGCAUUUGCAGCUCGCAAAUUACCAGACAGUUUCAAUGAAGCCAAGUUCAUUACCUUCAGCAUGUUGCUCUUCUGCAGUGUUUGGCUUUCUUUUGUUCCAACCUAUCUGAGCACCAAAGGGAAAUCCAUGGUGGUGGUGGAGAUCUUCUCCAUCUUGUCCUCCAGUGCUGGAUUGUUGGGCUGCAUCUUUGCCCCCAAAUGCUACAUCAUUGUUCUGAAGCCUGAGCUGAACUAUAUUAAGGAGUUUAGUAUAAAGUUGUUACUAUAA